UGUCUACAGAGCCCUCUUCUCAGAGAAGCAAAAACCCGCCGGUCAGUCCUCCGUUUUGAACCCCAGCCAAAUAUUCACUUCUCAAGUAUCUCAUCGGCAAGUAAGAGCGCCGGGGCUCUUCUAUCACUUCCCCGUGCUGUAUUUAUGAUCGUCCGUCGUCUUGGCGCGUUAAUCGGAAGACAUAUUUCCCAAAUUCCCCUUCCAAAUCGUACCUCAUUCCAUUCAUCCGCAGCUUCAAAUUGCAGACUCUCAAAUCAUAUCUUCGACGAUGAAGGAGGUAGCGUGGUUUACCGUCUGGCUCUUAGAUUCCAGCGCCCAACGACUGUGCAAGUGAAGCCUGGGUCGCGAAACCGCAUCAGCUUAAUAGGAACAGUGGAUGUGCCUCUCAAGGUUAUGAAUACCAAGAGCGAUAAGUUUGGGGUUCAGACUCGGCUCAUUGUCAAAAACCCCUAUGAUUCUGAUAGAAGAUUCAAGAUAGGGUUGAGAAUGUGGAAUGAGAUGGGGAGAAUCUGUAUGGAGCACGUGAAGCCUGGGGAUUUUAUUUAUGUUUCAGGGUUGUUGGGUUCUUUCUCUCAGGCUAAUGUAGAUAAGCAACUCAUAGUAUAUUACCAGGUAAAUGUGACAGAGUUGAAUUUUGUUGCCCAACAAGGUCAAAGAUCAAACACCCGAAAAUGUGAGGAAUUAGGAUCAAAACAAGAUGUAGGUGAAGCUGGUAUGGGGAGGUAUAAUAGCCAACAAUACUUGUGGCAAGUAUUUUUUACCAGCCCGUUCGAAUGGUGGGACAAUAGGAAAAGUAAGAAAAAACCAUCGCAGCCAGAUUUUAAGCACAAAGAUACUGGUGAAGCUCUCUGGUUGAAUCCUGAUGACCCUCCUUGGAUUAGAAAGCAACUUGAACUGCUUGAUUCAAGAUUAGCACAAGGCGUAGGUGACCAAGUAAGUCGUCAUAAUCGUAUUUCUGAAUGGGUGUAUGAUGAGUAGGAUAGAUCUACAAUACUCAAAGUAGAAGACAUGUAAUAUAAUUGUAGAGCUAUAGUAUUGUGGUUAACCAGGAUCAUGGUAA